CACCUGGUACUAUAAAGAUGUUCUUCGUCGUCCUCCGGCACGUCGUUUCCGCAAACAGCAGCCAUUUUCUCCGAUCAAUCUCAUAAACACUCUGCGCCUGUAUUUCCUUCGAAGAUGCCGAGCAGGAAUCCGGAGGCGAUAACGCAGGACUGGGAGCCGGUGGUUCUGCACAAGCCGAGGCCGAAAGGCCACAACCUCCGCGACCCAAAGACGGUGAACCGGGCGCUCCGUACCGGAGCGCCGGUCCAGACCGUGAAGAAGUCCGACGGCGGCACGAACAAGAAGGCGCCAGCGGCGGCGGCGAACUCGCGGAAACUGGACGAGGGGACGGAGCCGGCGGCGCUGGACAGGGUAGCGCCGGAGGUGAGGCAGGCGAUACAGAGAGCGCGGGCGGAGAAGAAGAUGAGCCAGGCGCAGCUGGCGAAACUGAUCAGCGAGCGGCCUCAGGUGGUGCAGGAGUACGAGAACGGCAAGGCGGUGCCUAGCCAGGCGGUGCUGGCGAAGAUGGAGAAGGCCCUCGGAGUGAAGCUCAGAGGCAAGAUCGGCAAGUGAUCCGAGCUAAUUUAUGGAUUAAUUAAUUGUAGACGAUGCUGUUGGUUGUUGAUUGUGCAUGUACAAAUUGAAUGGCCCUAAUUAAGAUCGAUGUGUGUAGAUUCUCGCAGUGAUUUCAUGUGUCUGAAUUUCUUGUUUCUUGUGGUGGCAUGUUCUUGAGUGAUUACUCCGAUGUGGAUGAAUUGAAAUGAGUGGUGUUUGUGUUGACACUCCUUAUGAAA